AUGUUCAGCUGGAUGGGGAAGCAGGCAGGCGGGCGGGAGCGGGCCGGCGGCGGCGACGCGGUGCAGACGGUGACCGGGGGGCUGAAGGAGCUGUACGCGCGGCGGCUGCAGCCGCUCGAGGACUAUUACCGCUUCCAGGACUUCCACUCGCCCACGCUGGAGGAGGCCGACUUCGACAACAAGCCCAUGGUGCUGCUGGUGGGGCAGUACAGCACGGGCAAGACCACCUUCAUCCGGUACCUAUUAGAACAGGACUUUCCAGGCAUGAGGAUCGGUCCAGAGCCUACCACAGAUUCUUUCAUUGCUGUGAUGUAUGGAGAUACAGAAGGGAGUACUCCUGGAAAUGCUUUGGUUGUGGACCCCAAGAAGCCAUUCCGUAAACUCAGCCGCUUUGGAAAUGCUUUUCUGAACAGGUUCAUGUGUGCUCAGUUACCUAAUGAGGUUCUGAAGAGCAUCAGCAUCAUUGAUAGUCCCGGCAUUCUUUCAGGAGAGAAACAGCGCAUCAGUAGAGGCUAUGACUUCUGCCAGGUCCUCCAGUGGUUUGCUGAGCGGGUUGACCGCAUCAUCCUCCUCUUUGAUGCCCAUAAGCUGGAUAUUUCUGAUGAGUUCUCUGAGGCUAUUAAAUCAUUCCGUGGCCAGGAUGACAAGAUUCGAGUGGUGCUGAACAAGGCUGACCAGGUGGACACCCAGCAGUUGAUGAGGGUCUAUGGUGCACUCAUGUGGUCCCUGGGAAAGGUGAUCAACACUCCAGAGGUGUUGCGAGUCUACAUUGGUUCUUUUUGGGCCCAGCCUCUACAAAACACAGAGAACCGCAGGCUCUUUGAGGUGGAAGCCCAGGAUCUCUUCCGAGACAUUCAGAGUCUCCCACAGAAGGCAGCUGUGCGGAAACUCAAUGAUCUCAUCAAGAGGGCAAGACUUGCAAAGGUUCAUGCUUAUAUUAUCAGCCAUCUAAAGAAGGAAAUGCCAUCUGUAUUUGGAAAAGAGAACAAGAAGAGGGAGCUGAUCAGCAGAUUACCUGAAAUCUAUAUCGAACUGCAACGAGAGCACCAUAUCUCGCCUGGGGAUUUCCCAGAGGUCAAGAAAAUGCAGGAACAGCUGGAGAACUAUGACUUCUCUAAAUUUCAUUCUCUGAAACCAAAGCUGAUUGAAGCUGUGGAUAACAUGUUGGCCAAUAAAAUCGCCUCUCUGAUGAGCCUGAUGAGCCAGGAAGAAAGCAACAUGCCUACACCGAUGGUGCAUGGUGGAGCCUUUGAUGGCACCACGACCGGACCCUUUGACCAGGGAUAUGGGGAAGGUGCCAGGGAAGGAGCUGAUGAGGAGGAGUGGGUUAUUGCCAAAGAUAAACCUGUAUAUGAUGAGAUCUUCUAUACUCUGUCACCAAUCAAUGGCAAAAUCUCUGGGGUCAAUGCAAAGAAGGAAAUGGUGAACUCCAAACUGCCGAACAGCGUCCUGGGGAAAAUCUGGAAACUUGCAGAUUGUGAUAAUGACGGCAUGUUGGACGAGGAGGAGUUUGCACUGGCAAAACAUCUCAUCAAGAUUAAACUGGAUGGGUAUGAACUGCCCAGCAUCCUACCACCUCACCUGGUGCCACCAUCACACAGGAAACCUUUGCAGGUGUCAGAGUGAAAAACACAGGGAGGAGAUUAAGUGAGGGAUGGAGGGAACUGAAAGCCUUCUGAAUCUUUUUACAGAUGAGUUGAACCAUCAAGGCUUGAAAUUGGGUUUAGAGGCAAUCUUUAAAUCACAUAUCAGAUUUCAAACAAAUUACUGGAACCAGCAGCAUAGUACAGAGGUUACUUGUGUAAUAGCUCUGGCUGACCUUCACUGAGACGGGUUUAUCACAAGUGCCUUUUGUAACUACUUCCACACCUUACAUUGCUAAGAUAGCAAGGCUUUCUUUGAGAAUCACCCUGUCCAUGUCUCACUGUAUUUACAACCAAAAAGCAGAAAAGACAUAGACCACACCUACAAUCAUGUACUAAACAUGAAUACCUAGGAAAUACAAAGCUCCCCAGAUGGUUUAGCAAGUGGAAGGAAAUGUUAAAGCUCAAACCCACCUGUUUCUAGAAGGCAUACAUUUGUUUAAUAAAGAUACUUUAGGUGCCUUUGUGAAUGUCAGCAUCCCUAGCUUUAGAAAAGACAGAAAUACAAAGGACUUUGCCUUCAUGUUCUGCUGUUGAUUUUAAUAAUAUUAACUUGUGGGAGGGAAGGGGGACAUGGGUAGAACUUUUUAUAAGAAUGUUUUGGACAUGAGCAGAAAGAUAAGAAUUUUUACCAGAGAUUAUUUUUUAAAAUCUGCAAUUUAUUAAAACUGUUUAUAUCUGUCAACUGCGCAUUGUGGUAAACAGAAGAGAUGCUUCCUUUUGCUUUGUGCAUAAAAUAAUGUGCAACUGACCCAUCAGCUAAAAAGAUUUGGAUCCCCACUGUGUUGGGGAUGGGAAUUUCGAGAUUUCUGUUUAGCUGCUUUGCACAUUGUUUAGUGUAAAUUCCUGAACUUUUCCAGUUAUAGCACUGUUUGGUCCUGGUUCUUGGAAGCACGGGAAUUCACGUGUUUUAGCAGAAACAGAGGCCUUGUUUUGAAGCAUGAGGGAAGGGUGUAUUGUAUUAAACUUCUUUUCAGGAUAUUCAGUAUGCAUAUUUAGUUGGCUUGAUAAAUUCUCUUGGGAUUUACACUCAAAGUUUACAACCAAUUAUAUGGAUAUUCUUACGUCCAAGUAUUCUUUUUAGUUUCUUUUAUUUCAGCAGAAUUUUGAAUUCUUUCCUUUAAUGGGAAGCUGGCAAAUGUAGAAAAGAUGUUCCACUCCUACUGUAGCAUCAUCUUCAGAAGGUAGGCCACUAAGGGGCCAAGCCAACUUCCACUGAAGUUAACGAGAGUCUUUCAACUGACUUUCACAAAAGCUGGAUUGGUCCCUUAAAGCAUUGUUAAUUUACUAAAGAAACAUUUGGAAAGGAAAGAAGUGCACCAACACUUCACUUCACCAUCCUUCCCAAUUGUACAAUCAAAGAAAAUUGAUCAUGUGAGCUACGCACAACUUAUUCUAACAUCCCUGUUCUCAGUGCUCCAGAGGAAAGUGAUUCUCCAUCCCCAUUAAUUUUAAUAUGCUUUUUCUUUUUGCACGGGGAGUGGGGAAUAGAACAACAAUUCCUUCCUGACACCAAACUUGGCAGUUAGUUUAGUUAUGUGCAUGUGAGUGAGAAUCACCUUGUAAUCCAUAUAUAGCAUAAAAUACUAUAGGUAUCAAAAGUACUGUAACUUUGAGCACUUUUUUCCCCUUGAAUCCAAGUAAGGUGGUGUAACAGGGUUCCAUGUCCUGCCCCUCUUCCUGGGGCCUGCUUGCUGCCCCCAAUAAGGCUCAGAGAGGCUUCAGGGUUGUGAAACACCCAUGUCUUUAUUUAGAUAAGGUUCUCCCACCACCAGUGUCUAUCUAUACACAAGUCUUGCAGGAUUAGUCACCUCCUUUACAGAUAGAGGCAGCCUUCAGCUAGGAGGCCUCCAGUUCCCUCCCUGACUGACUUCUCCCUGGCUGCCCCCUGCUU